AUGAAGGUAACAUCAUUCGUCAUAUAUUCCAUAAUAUUAUUAGCAUCGAUAGUUAAAUCACAAAAAGCAUGUAAUGGCUAUGUUGAAUUUUGUGAUAGAUUAUAUUCCGACAUAGCUUACGUGACGACACACAAUUCAUAUGCAGCUGGGAAACAAGCGUCGGCAAAUCAAAAUUUUAACGUUUCAAUACAACUUAAAGAUGGUGUUAGAGGGCUUAUGUUGAAUUCCGUUUUUCCUGAUGACAAUCCAAAAGAGUUGCACUUAUGUCAUGGUUCAUGUAAUUUAUUUGAUGCGGGUCCCGCAGUGAAUACCUUAACAACAAUUGCCGAAUGGUUAAAUGAGAAUCCAAAUGAGGUUGUCACAAUUAUAUGGGAAAAUAAUGCUAACGUGCCUACAUCCGUUUUUAAUGAUGUUUAUAUGCAAUCCGGCUUAGAUAAAUUUGGACAUGUUCAAGAAGAUGGUAAUUGGCCUAGUUUAGCUAAAAUGAUUGAUAAUGAUAAAAGACUGGUAAAUUUCAUCAAUCCUUCUUCUGAUGGAACCAUUCCAUGGUUAAUGAAAGAAUUUGAUUAUGUAUUUGAGACCCCAUUCGAGAAUACCAAUCCAAAUGCAUGGCAAUGUACAAUUGAUAGACCGAAAGGCACACAACUUCCAUUGUACGUACUAAAUCAUUUCUUGUAUAGUAGCUUAUUACCUCCAUUUUCAUCGGGUGGUGAACAAAUUGAAUUACCUCAACCUGGUCUGGCAAAUGUAACGAAUUCUGCUAGUUUGGCUGGUCACGCUCAACAAUGUCAACAAACUUUUAACAGAAUUCCGAAUUUCGUUGCUGUAGACUUUUAUGAUCAGGGUGGUAAUGAUGGUCAAAAUGUUUUUUCGAUCGUUGCCGAGUUAAAUCGUGUUAAAUAUUCUCAAAAUAUUAAGAACGCUGCUCAACCUAGUGGUAGCUUAAGUAAUGUUGAUGCCUUUAUUGGUUUAGCUAGCAUUGGUACUUUAGCUAUGUUCGUAUUGUAA